UGGUCUUUGGCAGGCGCCGAGGCUUGCCCUUGGCCAAGCUGGGCACCCAAAGCUUACACGGGCCGGGGCUGGGAGUUCCCACAUUCCCGCGCCGUUGGAUCCGGUGUCUUGGUACUGGUGACUGUGAGAAAAUGGAUGUGGUUCGUGUCAUGCAAAAAAUGUUGGCCCAGACCUUUCCCUACACUAGUUCGUCUGAUGUCUCUCCUACCACGUGUACAUCUCAGACCACCUUCGACAAAUCUCUCAAUUACUUUCGUCAUGAGCUGUUUAGAGUUGACUGGUAAGCACCGCGGCACCGCAAACUACUCUGUGCGUUGCAUAAGUUUGCUAGACAGAAAAUCUCUCAGUCGAGUUACACCAUGUCAGUUGGGGGCCUAUAUGCCGCCCUCUAAGGUAUCUUCCAGGUGGGCCUCCGAGAUUGCGAAAUCAACAUGGUUGAACUCGCCCCGGUUACAUCCCGCCGGUACAGAGUUGAGCCAAGGUAUCACUUUGCCCCUCUCUGCCUUCUUCGCUAAGUUCGCUUCGACAAUUCUCCAUUUCUCUGUCACGAUUUCCUGUUGCAAUCCGCACAGUCCCCCAUCGCUUCGACUGCUUUCCCCCGAUGAACCCGGUUGA